CUACCUAGUACCCACCCGGCAAACGCAGCUUCCAAGCGCAGCAGCUCUCUCACCUCAUCCUCUUACCCCCGGCUCUACCUACAACUGCGGGUUCCUUUGGAGAACGACCAUGUCGGCCCAAGAUCCCUCCCUGGCAAACUGGCCUGCGGUGGCUAGCUAUGUCUCGACGCGCAAGGACACGUACCCGUUCAUCGAUCCGGCUCACGCCGACCUGGCGGGCAAGUCGGUCCUGAUCACGGGGGCCUCCAAGGGCAUCGGCAAGGCGGCCGCGAUCCGCUUUGCCAUGGCGGGCUGCUCGACGAUCCUGCUGCUCGCGCGGUCGGACCUGAGCGAGAUGGAGACGGCCGUCCACCACGCGGCCAUGAAGGCCCACCGGCCCCGGCCAUUCGUGCGGUCCCUGAAGGCAGACGUGACCUCGGAAGACUCGGUGCGCGCGGCCGCCUCGACCGCGGCCGAGUGGCUCGGCGGCGGCGGGCUCGAUGUCCUGAUCAACAACGCGGGCUACCUGGAGGAGUGGAAGCCCCUGGCCGACUCGGAGCCGAGCGAGUGGUGGCGGACCUGGGAGGUCAACAUCAAGGGCACCUAUCUCGCCGCCCACUUCUUCGUUCCGCUGCUGCUCCGGUCGCCGACGAAGACGGUCAUCAACAUCAGCAGCGGGGGGGCCCAUGUCAUGUUUCCGGGGGCGUCGGCCUACCAGACCACCAAGUUCGCCCUCUGCCGCCUCACCGAGUUCAUGGACACAGAAUACCACCGGCAGGGGCUGAUCGCCAUCGCGCUCCAUCCGGGCGCCGUCAAGACCGAGCUGGCCAUGAACAUGCCCCCGGAGCGGCAAUCCGUCCUGACCGACACCCCGGAGCUGGCCGCGGACACGCUGGUCUGGCUCGCCCGCGAGCGGCGCGACUGGCUGGCCGGCCGAUUCGCCUCGGUGAGCUGGGACAUGGAGGAGCUGGAGCAGAAGCAGCAGGACGUUCUCCAAAGAGACUUGUUCAAGUUUCGCGUGGUGGUUUGAGUGUCGGACGGCGUGAUCCCCAGCCUGCCUCAUCUUUAUCCCAGUAACCGUAACAACAUCAAUGAGUGUACCGAGCUAGCUGAGCCGUAGGCUGCGAGACAUCUAGAUGUUGGCGGAGUCUAUCUGACAUGAGCAGGCUUG